AAACCUUCAAGUUCAAGUGAAUAUCAUUUUACGUAGUUGGACAACUUUACAAAAAUAGACUUUUACAAGCAGUAAAAUACAUUCCGGCGGAUUAAAGUGACAAACAAUUUACUUUUUCAUUUGGAAAGUUGUUCUUUAAUUCUAUUGAAUCAACUGUACUAUGGGAAAGGAAAUCCCCUGGUUGAUCAUAAUUGGGAUUUGUAUCAAGUCAUCAUGUGAGUCUCUCUUCAACACUGAAACUCCUGUUCUCAGCAACGGUACAAAGUGGAUACUGGACUACACUGAUAUAGAGACCAGGUUCUCUGUGCGUUCAGUCGAGGAGCCAGAGGAGGAUCUGUGUUACCUGGUGCCAGGCGAUAAGAAUACAGUCACACGGUGUGGCUUCAACAUCAACUUACCCACGUUCGCCAUCAUACAUGGCUGGUCGGUGGCAGGUCUGUUUGCGAGCUGGAUCCACGAGCUGGUAGCGGCCCUGUUUGAGCGUGUGCCCAAUGCCAACGUUAUAGUGGUGGACUGGCUGGAUCGGGCCCAGCACCACUACCCCAACUCUGCUGCCAACACCAAGCUGGUUGGAGAGGAUGUGGCCAGGCUCAUCAACUGGCUGGAGGGGGAUCUGAAGUAUGACCUGAAGAACCUCCACCUGCUGGGCUACAGCCUGGGAGCACACGUGGCUGGCGUAGCUGGAAACCUGACCAACAACAAGGUCAACAGGAUCACUGGCAUGGAUCCGGCUGGGCCUCGCUUCGAAUACGCUGAGCACCUAAACCGCCUGUCUCCUGACGAUGCAACAUUUGUGGACGUCCUCCACACCAACACCAGGGGGUCUCCAGAUCUCAGUAUCGGUAUCCAGAGACCAGUGGGCCACGUGGACAUCUACCCCAACGGAGGAACCGAGCAGCCAGGCUGCUCCUUCCGGCACACCGUAGACAUGAUGAGAAGCUUUGGCCUUCACAACAUGGAUCAGAUCGUGAAGUGCGCCCAUGAGCGCUCUGUGCACCUGUUCAUCGACUCGCUGGUGAACAAACAGCAGCAAAGCAUGGCCUACCGCUGCAACUCCAAAGACGCUUUCGACAGGGGCCUGUGUCUCAGUUGCCGUAAGAACCGCUGCAACAACAUGGGCUUCGGGGUCAACAAGAUACGCACCACCAGGAGCGCCAAGAUGUACCUGAAGACCGGCGCCAGUAUGCCCUUCAAAGUCUUCCACUACCAGAUGAAGUUCCAUGUCUUCAAGCAGCAGAACCUGAGUCUGAACGAGCAGCCUUUCAUAGUGUCUCUUUAUGGAACCCACGGAGAGAAGGAGGACGUCCAACUCCUUCUGUCCAACGUGACCACCAACACUACCGUGUCCUUCCUACUGACCACUGACGUAGACCUGGGAGAGCUGCUGAGAGUCACUCUGCAGUGGGAUAGUGACUCCUACUUCUCUUUCUUCAACUCAAACGAGUUCAUGGUCCGCAGGAUUAGAGUCAAAACGGGAGAGACCCAGUCCAAGGUGAUUUUCAGAGCAGACAGUGACAAGAAGUUUGCUCACCUGGUCCAAGGAGGUGACCCUGUGACCUUCACCAAGUCUAAAGAGGAUCAGAACAGCAGGAGGCAUGAGAGAAUCCACAGACUGAAGAUGCAGGGCAGCUUCUUCAAACAAGGUUUGAACGACGCUGCCACAGACACAUCAUCGUCAUCGUCACCCCCAUCACCAGAGCAUUGAGGUCAAAUACUGUAGAUAUGAUUGUAGUAGCUGGUUAGUAGAAGAGUGUACCCUCUGGUUAAGUGUAUGUAUGGGCGCGUCUCAAAUGACACCCUAUUCCCCAUACGGUGACCCUCUAUGUACCCGGGGUCAUGAUCUGCAUCAAGGAUUCGCGUUACAUCCUCAAAUUUCAAGUCAGGAUUUCAGCCAAAGAUCUGUGGAAGUGUUUGUGAUUGUGAGAGCCAACACAGCAUAGUCCGGGUCCAACAUAAUAGUGUAAACACAGUAUAUGUUUCUAUAAUAAUAUAUAUGUUUUAACAUUCCAAUCAAGAAGUCAAAGUCGGUUUGGUAAGUUCUCCUUCAUAACAGUCAGCUCUGAAAACGUGAUGGUGAAUUAAUUUCAUGAUAGUGUGAUUUCUUUGUUCCUUUCAUUGCGUAUUUAGACAUGUGACGUUUCUUUAAUUAAAAUAUAUCUUACUGAAUUGUUAUUUAUCACACAUGUAUCCUUAUGUAUAUAUAUAUAUAUAUAUAUAUAUAUAUAUAUAUAUAUAUAUAUAUAUAUCUACCCUACCCUACUCUAUAUAUAUCUACCCUACUCUAUUCUACUCUAUUCUACCCUACUCUAUUCUACUCUAUUCUACCCUACUCUAUAUAUAUCUACCCUACUCUAUUCUACCCUACUCUAUAUAUAUCUACCCUACUCUAUUCUACUGUAUUCUACCCUACUCUAUAUAUAUAUCUACCCUACUCUAUUCUACCCUACUCUAUAUAUAUCUACCCUACUCUAUUCUACCCUACUCUAUAUAUAUCUACCCUACUCUAUUCUACUCUAUUCUACCCUACUCUAUUCUACUCUAUUCUACCCUACUCUAUAUAUAUCUACCCUACUCUAUUCUACCCUACUCUAUAUAUAUCUACCCUACUCUAUUCUACUGUAUUCUACCCUACUCUAUAUAUAUAUCUACCCUACUCUAUUCUACCCUACUCUAUAUAUAUCUACCCUACUCUAUUCUACUCUAUUCUACCCUACUCUAUAUAUAUCUACCCUACUCUAUUCUACCCUACUCUAUAUAUAUCUACCCUACUCUAUUCUACUCUAUUCUACCCUACUCUAUAUAUAUCUACCCUACUCUAUUCUACCCUACUCUAUAUAUAUAUCUACCCUACUCUAUUCUACUCUAUUCUACCCUACUCUAUAUAUAUCUACCCUACUCUAUUCUACUCUAUUCUACCCUACUCUAUAUAGAUCUACCCUACUCUAUUCUACCCUACUCUAUAUAUAUCUACCCUACUCUAUUCUACCCUACUCUAUAUAUUUCUACCCUACUCUAUUCUACCCUACUCAUAUAUAUAUACAGUAUAUAUCUACCCUAUUCUAUUCUACUCCAUUCUACUCUAUUCUACCCUACUCUAUAUAUAUAUAUAUAUAUAUAUAUAUAUAUAUAUAUAUAUAUAAAAUAAUGUUUUAUUAUUGUAAUUAACUUUGUCAACCCUUUAGCUGAUAUAGUUUUUGAAUUAAAGGAAUCAAAGUUUAGGAUGUGAGCAAUAUAUUUACAUUAGUAUUGUAAACACGUUGUUGUUGUUGUUGUUGUGUGUGCCAAUUGUGUUACAACGCUGUGAAAUCCAAGUCACCUGCCGGUAAUACCGAUCAGCACAGGACACUAGACAGGCUGUCAAUAACCCAGGUCACCGUAUUGAAGGAAAUCUAGGAUGUACCCCAAAUGGCACCCUAUUCCCUAUAUAGUGCACUAUGGGGCCUGGUCAAAAGUAGUGUACUAUAUAAGGAAUAGGGUGCCCUUUACAACGCAGACCUACAUUCAGCAGUUCACCCAGCUACACAUGGUUGCCUUAAUAUAUUAUAGACCUUUUGGAGGUUAAAUGUUUUCCCUCUUUAUAAAUGAUUGAUGAAAUGUCCCUUAAAAAAGAAAGAAAAUAACAAUAUUGUCUGUUUCCUAGCUGACUUGGAUGGGUAGUGCAGUAUGUAAACAAUAUUGUCUGUUUCCUAGCUGACUUGGAUGGGUAGUGCAGUAUGUAAACAAUAUUGUCUGUUUCCUAGCUGACUUGGAUGGGUAGUGCAGUAUGUAAACAAUAUUGUCUGUUUCCUAGCUGACUUGGAUGGGUAGUGCAGUAUGUAAACAAUAUUGGUUGUAUAUAAUUUAUCAUUUAGAUUGUAUAUAAUGGUUUGUUUCCUGGGGUAAGUCUGCUUUUUUAAAGCCUAUAUUUAAAUGUUUUCAUCCCAAUAAACACUGUAGCUUGGAUUUGA